AUGUUUGAGAACUUUGGCAGCAAGGAGAAACUCUGGCAACGUCCAUUGUGGCUGCCCUUAGAAUCGUGUGCAAAAGACGACUUGAUCACUGUGCCCAGCAAUCCUGGCCAGCCACGUCGCCUGGGAUCCUCCAAGGGAAAAAAUCUGCGUCAGUGUCCUAUGUGUAGCUACACUACGAAAAACCGCACCGACUUGCAGAGACACCAAAGAACGCAUACGGGUGAGCGGCCAUACAAGUGCAGCUACUGUGGCAAGGGCUUCAUUCAGAAGAGCAACCUGGCUGCCCACGUUCGCGUUCACACUGGCGAGAGACCUUUCCAGUGCCACCUCUGUCCCUGGAACUCUGCAUGGCAGGUGGAUCUUAGGCGCCACAUGAAAACUCACAAAGGCACGGAUGGUGUUGCUGAUAGUGGAACUUCUGAUUCCUGA